AUGUCAGAAGCCGCAUGUAAGGAGCUUAGAGCUGGAAAGGGAAAUAGAACGGUGGGGAAGAGUAAAAGAAAGAGAUUCAAUGAAGAAGAGCUGAAAGGUAUAAGAGGAUAUGAGAAAGGAUUGAAUUAUGUGGAAGUUGGAUGUGGCUUCACCAACAAGAAAUAUGGAGACUUUGGUGGCAAACUUAGAAUCGAAGCCAAUGUGGAUGUGACUCCAAAGGAAUUUGAGAAGCAUGGUGGGAUGAAGGAAGUGAAGGGGAGGAAGUGGACAAGCAGCAUAUGGGUUCAAGUGGAAGACACAGGAGAGAGGCUGGCUCUGGGAAAGUCGAAAGUAAUGAAAUACUACAAUCACAAGGCCAAUGCGGCUAACUGGAUCAAGCAUGCGAGUCGCAACAACAAGUUCCAUAAUGAUCUCUUCAUUCGCUGUUCCAACUGCCACAAACAACGCAGGUUUCGUCGUCGCACCAUGAAGCAGAUUAAGGACUACCAUGAUGCCGUGAACAACACUACUUGGGAAUGCUCUCUUUGGCCCUAUGAUAACUAUAUCAAUAACAAGACUCUAAAAGACCAAAUCGAUACUUCGUAUGCAUUUAUGCUUGCUGAUAGAUAUAAGAAUUUCUCGUGUUUUAGAAUAACCUGUGAGGAUGAGGAAGAGCGAGACAAUCGAAAGAUGUACCGAGGUUGUCCGCUUGUCAAGCAGUGCCCCGGCUGCAAGUAUUGUAACUGUACUGGCUGUCUCAAGUGCCGAUUUUUGAACUGCAAUUGCAGAGAGUGCACUGACUUAUGA